AGCAAAAGAAAUGUCUGUAAUAAAGAAAUCCAAUCCAUAUAUACAAACAGAGAAAAUAAAAAAGAAAAGCAAAGUAGAAUAGGAAUGACACCUUAAUGUUCAUCACUAGUACUACUACUCAAUAAUACCUUGAAAAAUCUUCUCUUUCUCUCUUUAACUAGAUCGAUCAAUCUCACUUUAGCAACUAGUAGCUUUGCUUUCUUCAUAAUUCAGAUGAUACCUUCAUCAGUAGAUUUCAGUACUACCCAUAUUCUCAUUGAUCUUCAACUGAAUUGCCAUACUUCAUCAGUUUUUCUGCUUGUUCAUGCAAGACCCACACAGAAAAUCCAUCAAUAAAAGGAGACCCUGGUACCAAAGAGCAAUGGAAGUGGCAAAUAUAUGGAAACCCAUACCAACACCAUCAAAGCCAAUGACAGAGGUUGCAGCAACAAUAUCAAACAACAACUUAUGGAAACCCAUAUCUUCUUUAUCAUCAACAACAACAACAUCAAAAUCAGAAUUUCACGACAAUAAUUCAGCAAACAGACCAAAAUUAAGAAAAUCUUCAUCUCUACGUGUGGCUGCUUCAUUUACCAGGGUAUGUCUUUGUGCGCCAAUUUCUUCAUACAAUGAGGUUUCAUUAUUUAGGCAAGUAGAUAUUAUUCCACCAAGGAGGAGUAAUAGUUAUCCAAGGGCAGCCAAGAGUAAUUUGGAAGUGGUGCCCCAAGUAAAAUUUCCUAAUCAUCAUAUGAGCAGAAGCAGUAGUGUCAAUAGUAAUAGGCUACCCCCUAGUAAUAAUAGUGUUCAUGAAGUCAGAAAGGUGUUCAGGGGGAAAUCAUUAACUGAUGAUGUUUUGAUGCGAAGAUUUGUUGUUGAAGAAUCAAUGAUGCAUUCGAAGAAAAGAAAUCAAAUGGAAGUUAUUAGGAGAAGAAGUUGUUUGAGAAGAAAGAAACUUGGGCCUAGUCCCCUUAGUAAAAUGGUGAUUGCUGAAGAUCACCAUGACGAUGAGGAGGAAGCAUUUUGAUAUUCAUAAAAACAAAAUAUGUUAUUUAUUUUUUUGGAGUUUUGUGAUUGGUGUUAGUACAUUCUUUUGGGUAUUUUCAUGUCCAGUUCUCAAUGUGAAGCUAGUUAAUUACUUUUGUAAUUGCUUCAAUUUAUUUCUUACCACAAUACCGUUUAAUUAGAUUUUGGAUUAUAAACAGA